AUGAACGGUGGGUUCCACUUGCUUUUCCGCCAUGGUGUUUUGAGGACUCAGUUCGAAGGUUUCCGUUGGGCGGCGCUGAACGUCGUUAUUUCUCUUAUUACCGGCAUGUCGCAGCUUGAGCGUCUUCUUAACCGGUAUCCCUGCUUUCCGCGGGGACUCAAACCUGCUCUACCCGAUAAAACUUCCCGCAGCGAUCCGAACCCCGACGGCCCGGCGUGCCAGCUAGCGGCUGCUCGGCAGGCGGUGGCCGUCGAAGAACUCCUCAGGACGCGGUCCUCGUCCACGGGGAUCGCGGCCAGUCUCUACAGCUCUGCCGUGCCAGUCGAGGACUUGUGUCAACUCAUCUGCGCCGAGUGCACGGUGCGGUCGCUCGCUCACCGCGGUCGCCUCGUGGACAUUCUGCGACGGAUUCGUCGGAAGCAAGAAGCGACAAAUUCCGUCAAGUCGCGCGCCCGCCAGCAUUUCGAACCGAAUUGCGCCAAGAAUCACAGACGACUGGAACGCAUGUGGCGUCUGUUUUUCGACAAACCGCUGCCGCCAUCCUUCCACUGCUGCUCGUCCCUUGUGGGGAAACGCCCCAGCAGAACGCCCCAACUCUUAGGGACAACUUCUUCUCUCCUGACUUCCCCGAACUCAAACAGUCUGUCUUCCUCUUCCUCCAUUUGCCUCUCUCCGGAUAGCGAGAACUCGACCUCAGCCGCCCUCUGUUCGGAUUCCAGUUCUGCAGCCGGAGCCGCCUCCUUCGCGCAGGAAGCAGAGAACUCGAUGUCUCUCGCUGGCUCAACAGGCCCAGCAAGAGACGCGCGGCCGAGGCAGGUCGCAAACCUGCCUCGCGCAAGGCACCCAGCAGAACAGGAUGAAGAGCGCCUUCUCACUGGGUCGCGUGAGGCCGGCCCUUUCGAGCUCCAGGAAUCCUCUUGGGGCGAGCUUGGCUUCCAGCACCCCUUGCAUGAUUUCCGGGGCGCAGGCUGCUUGGGGGCAGACUGCCUGCUUUUUCUUGGACAGCGGUUCCCUGCCGUCGCCCAGCGUCUUCUCCAAGAAAGCCGCGAUGAGCAGUUUUGGAUGCCUUUCGCCGCAACAAGCAUCAACGUCGUCGGAUGGCUUCUCGAAAUGAUGGAUCGCCGUCUUCUCGACGUAUUCCUCUUUGCCUGCGAUGAGUCAAGCUUCUCCGAGGACAGUUCAUUUGAAAAGAUGCCCUCCGACUUCCACAACUUCUCCAAGCAAUCUGACGCAAUCGUGUCGAGCGAAGAUAAUGCGCAGGACGCGGAACAAUCAGACAACGACGACUGCUCUGCCGUGCCCGCGGUGUUUCUACUUCUCUAUGCUGCAGUCUUCGCCAAGUUUUGCCAGUUUUGGAGAAGCAGGCAACCCGAAAAUAUUCUGCAGUUCGGCAAGGUGUCUAUGGACUUCCGAGAGCGACUGGAGAAAGCCUUCAAGGAGUUUGCAUCAGGCCGGGAAGGCGGAAACAUGGGAGCGUGGGAGUACAUUUUGGAGUCAGGUGCUCCUCAGAAGGGAGACGAAGUUUAUCGCACUUCCACUGAGGUGCUUGACGAUAUCACAGCCUGUAUAGAAGACCGUCUACACGUAACGGAGAACGGCAAACAGCCCGUCCAAUCAUCCCCGCCUAGACAGGAAGGGACCGUGCCAGCGGGGACCAUCCGGAAAACCGAAAAAUUUCGGUUGCUUCGUCUUGUGAAUGCACACAUGGACACGUAG